AGAACCGGUAUUAACUGCAAAGAUUAGCCUCGUGUUCCUUAUCUCUUUCCCUCCAUCAGUCCCAACAAUUUCUGGAUUUCAGUAACAAUUGUUUGAGAGGGUGUUGAACAUUCAACAUGUACUCGUUGAUGUCAACAACGCCUCUCUGCAACUAUGGCGUUUCAAACUUCCCUUUACCAACAUCGUCCCAUCUCAAAUACAUCAAGAACAAUAACCCCAAGUUUCUCAGCUUUAGGAAAGCCUUACAAAUCCAUGCAAAUGCAACAAACGAAGUCGAUGCUCAGACUGGAACGGUCGAGGACCUCAAAAAGGUGGUUCAAAAGACUGCUGCAACCUUUGCACCGAGGGCUUCAACAGCUACUAAAAACCCUGCUGUUCCGGGAACUGCCCUGUACACUGUUUUCGAAGUUCAAGGCUAUGUGUCGUUGCUGUUGGGUGGAGCUUUGUCUUUCAAUCUCAUAUUUCCAUCUAAUGAGCCUGAUAUUUGGAGAUUGAUGGGGAUGUGGUCCAUUUGGAUGUUCACUAUUCCUUCGCUUCGAGCUCGGGACUGUUCGAAGAACGAAAAGGAAGCUCUUAAUUAUCUGUUUCUCAUCAUCCCCCUGAUCAAUGUUAUAAUCCCUUUCUUUUGGAAGUCUUUUGCAGUUGUCUGGUCUGCAGACACUGUAGCCUUCUUUGCCAUGUAUGCAUGGAAGCUUGGAUGGCUACAUAAAACAGAGUAGGAAUUUUGUGCACCGGCCUUCACUUGGUUCAAUGGUGCUAUCAUACUUGAUUGAUUCCCAGUUUUAAAGCUCAUGAUGGAUCCGAGAUACAUGCAGAUUAUACAUAUUAAAGAGGCAGAGUGUGGUCGUUUGACCUGAGAAAGAAUUGGACUCCUCCUGAAAAUGUACUUACAAAUUCGUAUCAGUUAAUGUAUACUCUUGGAAUCUGCUCUCGGUGCUAUUUCUCUUAUUUCAUAUGAAUUUCAAGCUUGUAAGUUGUUUCUCAAGAUAUAUGUGUACACUCAAAAGUCCUUGUCAGGAAUCUAACGAUUGAAAUUUCUGAAUCUCUU